AUGGCAGAGGCGAGCAGUAGCACCCACCGGCGUCGAUCGCAAGCUCAGAUCAGCAAGAUAGCCCCGCGACACCAAGAAUCACGGCACGAGCACCCUGGGGCGCACUGGAAACGCCACGAGCAACGCAAAGAAACCCCCGGCGCCGCCGAAUCAGCACAACAUCCAGCACCACCACCGCCGCCUUCUUCUGGCCCUGAAGCGGCGGCCAGCGGAGACCUUGCUCGGAUGAUCGCGCUGCACGGGUACGACCCGUCGCUCGUCGAGGACGACUACUUCAGAAGCUUCUUGCGCCGCCUCAACCCCAAUUUCGAGGUGCCCUCGCGCCUUGCCAUUGAGGAGAUGUGCGAUGCUAUAUUCGACGAAACAAGGAAGGACAUCUUCUCCAGGCUAUACGACUUCCCUAGUAAGGUCAGUAUCGCGGUGGGUACGGUCAGAACCAUCCAAGGGAAUGUGCUGUAUAUGGCGUGCCACUUCAUCGAUGAUGAAUGGAAUCUUCACAAGGUAAUCAUGGAUGCUUACGUGAUUGUUCCUUUUCUUGACUACCAUGGCCCGUUGUUGGGAGUUGAUGAAGUUUGUCUCGAUCCGGAUAUCCAUGGCAACUAUGUUGCAGACGUUCUUGGAGAAGCAAUGGUCGCUAUAGAGAAGGCUAUACAAGAUUCCUACCCGGUCUGGUCUAUACCACUUGUACUUGAUCCUCGUGCCAUGAAUGUGGUGGCCGUUAGCAGCACUGAUCCACUGCAACAAGCAUGGGAUGAGCACUGCCGAGGAGAAGCCCAAACAGACCUCGACCGUUAUCUGAAGGAUGAGCUAGUCCAUGAUCCAACAUCAGGUUUUGAUAUUCUCAACUGGUGGAAGACUCAAACUUUUAAAAAAAUGAAAAAUAAAAAGCCCACUAAUUCUGAGAAAAAAAAAAUACAGCUAGCUAUCACCGUUCACAUUGGAAUUGGAUAUUACACAUGCGUGUGCAUGUCGGGCUCCAAAACCCAUUCUGCUUCAAAGAAAAUGGAUGAAGGUUCAUCACCGGCGUCCACCUCGGCCACCGCCGCCGCCGCCGCCGCAAAUUUGGAGUCCACCAGUUUCGACGACGGCAGAAGUCAUAGCUCCAAGAUCACGCCAAUCGAGCUGGUCGUCGUCAAUCCCGAAGAACCGCCACCGGCCUCUCGGUCUCGUGGUCAUGGACCUCGUCGUCGAUCAUGGCGGCGGCGGCCAUGUCCACCCCUCGCGAAGAAGGCGGCGGCCGAGUUCGUGGGCACGUUCAUCCUGAUCUUCGCCAUGCUCUCCACCAUCGUGACCGACGCGCAGCGCGGCGGCGUGGAGGGCCUCGUCGGCGUGGCGGCGUCCAUCGGGCUCGCCGUGGCGGUGCUCGUCAUGUCGCUCGCCCACGUCUCCGGCGCCCACAUCAACCCGGCGGUCAGCGUCGCCAUGGCCGCGUUCGGGCGCCUCCAGCCCGCGCACCUCCUGCCCUACGCCGCCGCGCAGGUCCUCGGCGCCGUCGCCGCCGCCGCCGCCGUCGACGGGAUCUUCCAUCCGGCGAGCCGAGGGUGGAUGGUGAGCGUGCCCAAGGUGGGGACGGUGGAGGCGUUCUUCCUCGAGUUCGUCACCACGUUUGUUCUCCUCUUCGUCAUCACCGCUGUCUCUGCCGAUCCCAACGCAGUUAAAGAGUUGAUAGCAGUGGCAGUCGGUGGUACAGCGAUGAUGAACGUUCUUGUCGCAGGGCCGUCGACAGGAGCAUCAAUGAACCCUGCAAGAACACUUGGUACAGCCAUUGUCGCAGGGAAUUACACCCAGAUAUGGGUCUACAUGGUUUCUACCCCUCUGGGUGCAAUUGCUGGAACAGGGGCUUAUUUUGCAAUCAAGCUCUAGUUACCAACAGGUGACAAAAUAUUCAGAUAGUGUGGACACCGGCGUAAAUUUUGGGUGAAUGAACAUGCUUGUAGUUUUAACUUUCAACUACAUAUGCGUUUUUCACAAAAAGUUUUGAAACACAAAAUUUUUUGAAAUUCGUGAACUUAAUUGGAAUUGAGAUAUAGCUCUCAUGAAUUGUUCUGAAACAAUAAGAGCUCCGAUUGUUCUGAAAUCCGAAAUUGUGUAG